UUAUCAUUUAAAAAAAUAAAAAGAAGUGAAGAUAAAAUAACAUGACGACGGUCCCUCUGUUGGUGCUGCCGAUUUCUCUCCUCCACCACCGUCAACCUUCUUCUUCUUCUUCUCCUCUAACUCUUCCACCACACUCUCACACCCAUAAUUUCCCUUAUCCCAUUUUCUCAAAUUCUUCAAACAACAAAAAAACCAUAGUGUUUGGUAUCAAUCCCAGUGACUCAAGACCAGACAAUCCUCUCUUCUUGGAUGAAAACAAUGCUGUUGUCGAUGACAUGGAUGGUUACCUCAAUAACCUAUCACUCGAAUAUGAAUCUGUUUGGGACACCAAACCAUCUUGGUGUCAGCCAUGGACAAUUACUUUAACAGGGGUUUCAAUUGUUGCUAUUAGUUGGUUAAUUUUCCACUCUAUUUUUGUUACUUCAGCUAUAUCAUUACUCAUAUUUGCAUGGUGGUACAUCUUUCUAUAUUCUUAUCCUAAGGCAUAUUCAGCGAUGAUUGCUGAGCGCAGAGAAAGGGUUACAGAUGGUGUUGAGGACACAUUUGGUCGUAGGAAGUAGCAGUGAUUUGAAUUAUCCCACUCUUCAGUUCUGCUCAUCUUUCUUUCUGUAUGUCUCAUAAGUUAUCUCUACCUGUAUUUUCAUAUUGUUAACACAACCGUAGCUGUUAAGGCCUUUGUUCACACUAUUUCUGUAAAUUAGCUUGGAGAUCAUAUAAUGAAGUGCAAGUCUUGACAACUAACAA